AUGCUUCCAACCAUGUCAGCAUCGCACCAUCUUCAGUCCACUGCCGGAGGAUCGCGCCUUUCGCGCACGUCCGCCGCUGCUACAGGAUGCGCCGCACCACCCGCCGCAUCACCCGCUGUACCACCGGCCGCAUCAUCCGCCGCACUGAUCGCUGAUGACUCCUGCGGUGUGGGAGCGGUCCCGGCUGUCGCCGCCGCACCUUCCGCGGAUGCCUGCAGUCCGCGCGAACGCUCGUUUUCUCCCCGCGGCAAGCGCGCCGCCGAGUGCCGCCGCGCUCCACGGCACAGACACUCGCGCUCUUUUUCCGGAGACUUACCCACUUUUCAUGCCAUUGCGCCCAGGUCCCCCGCCCAUUCCGCCAUUCCCGCCUCCAACAGCCCUCUUAGCAGAAGGCCUCGCGAGGACCCCGUGGAAACCGCCGCUUAUCCCGGCGACGGGACGUGUUCUCCUGCUUCCCCCGCCCCCGGCGGAGAAUUUUCCGCCCAGAGCGGAGACACAGCGAACGGCGCACGGCUUUCUGCGCAACGAUGGUCGCUGCCGCCGGGAACGAGCGUCGACGGCGGGGUUGGUAUGGGGGAUUGUCCCCUCACGGGUGGGUUAAGCGGCAGCGGUCCUGGGAGCAGCGGCGGUGCUGAUGUGGCGUUUCUGACGAGCCAGUCGCCGCGAAUCGACCUUUUACGGAGAUUGAAAAUGGAAGCGGCUGUCGCGGCGUCGUCGUGCGAUUCGCCUUCGUUUUUCUCCCCGUCGCACGCUGCGGCGUCGACGGGCGCGCGCGAUUCGUUCUUUUUGUUUGAGCGACAAGGAAGCAUCGGCUUGCUCAGCGACGGGUCGUACGACCUCGGCGACGACGGGAGCGGGAGCUUUUUUCUUCCUCCCGUCGAUGACGGGCCUGCCGCUGCCUUCCUCGAAGCUUCCUACAACCCUGCCGAACCGCUAACGGAUGCCACGUCAUCAGCACCUGAACCGUUGCAUUCUACCUCAGGUGCUGCCAGAGCUACCGUGGUCAGCAGGGCCAUCGCGACCGCGCGGUUCGCCACGUCAACGUCGACAGGUAGCAGCAGCGGCAGCCACGUGUCAAACAGCACGUGGACCACCGCCGUGACUAAUCUAAGCCACGAGUCGUCGAGCAGCGAGAGGGCGAGCAGCAGACUCAGCAGCGGGCUUGACGGCGGAAUUGACGGCGCUUUUGAUGUUGGAAAUGGCAGUGGAAAUGGCGGUUAUGUUCAGGAAAGUAGCAACGGGUUUGGCGGUGACACGUGGACGGGUGCUGAGUUGUCGUCAGCCGAGUCCUCUCCCCGCCUCUCUCCCUCGAGCCCGGGAUUCUUCUCGCCAUCCCGCCGGAGUUUCAGUCACCAGCAAGAUCCGUUUCAGCACAAUUCGUUACAAGGUUUAUUGCUCGACGCAGAGGAUGAUGAUGUGGGAAAUGACGCCGACGGAAUUGAGAUUGGUGCUGUGGAUUGGCACCACUCGCAUCGAUUCUAUAGCGAGUAUCAGCAGCCGCAGCAUUACAGCCGGCAGCAGCAGCAGCAGCCGCCGCGCGGGCGGUACGGCGUGAGGCUCGGAGCGGUGCAGGUUCAGGGGACUCGCAACCGGGUGCAGCACUGGCAAGGUAGGAAAAGUACAGAGGAGGAGCAGGAGCAGGAGCAUGAAGAGGAUGGAGAGCAGGUGGAUGAGGAGGAGGUGGAGGAGGAGAUAGAGCAGGACGAGCGCGAGAAAGAGGAGCAACAGCUGCGUGUUGUUUCACACUCCAGCAGGGAUGGGAGUUUCAGAACAGAGGAGCAGCAGCAGCAGCUGCAAGCUGCGGGUGGGGAAGAAUUUCUGAUCUCUGAAGCACCAACAGCAGGGUCGACAGAAGAGAUUGAAGCAGAGUUGACGGCGGCUGCAGCAGCAGCAGGAACACGGGUUUUCGCGAGGACGAGGAAAUACAGAGAAAGAGCAUCGGGGGUUGUUUUCAUCCCUCCCUCGCCUCGAGAACGCGCUCUCGAGGAGACUCGGGCUCCAGACUCGCCUCGAGAACGCGCUCUCGCGAGGACGAGAAAGCUCCGGAAUGGAACCUCGGGAUUGGUUUUCAUCCCCGUGUCCGACCCCUUCGCUAGCGCGGAGGAGAAGCGCUGUGGCGGGGAGGGGAAGCGCUGUGGCGGGGAGGGGAAGCGCUGUGGCGCGGAGGAGAAGCGCCGUGGCGCGGAGGAGAAGCGCCGUGGCGCGGAGGAGAAGCGCCGUGGCGCGGAGGAGAAGCGCCGUGGCGCGGAGGAGAAGCGCCGUGGCGCGGAGGAGAAGCGCCGUGGCGCGGAGGAGAAGCGCCGUGGCGCGGAGGAGAAGCGCUGUGGCGCGGAGGGGAGGAGUUCUCAGAGUCACGGUGCGCGCACAUGCUUCUGUCAUGCGGAGCGCACACGCUGCUGUCAUGGUGGCGGCGCGGAGGGGAGAAGGACGGGCUGCGUCUGCCGUUGCGGGAUGAGAACAUGCCGUGUCCAGACGACUCGUCCUCUCGACUUUUGA